AUGCAGCACACUAUAUUGUUCAAUCAACCGAGUAAUAUCAUAAGGAGAAUCCCUUUCAGAUAUGAUUAUUCUUUCUCAAGAUACUUCUCUAUCAAUAAGUGCAAUCUAACGACAGCACGAUAUUUAGCCACUACAACAAUAAACAGAUCAGAAAUACAUGUUAAUACGGCGCCAAUUGAAUUCACUUCAAAUAUUUGUUUCACUAGGAGAGAACUCAAAAGGAAGCAUUUACUCGAUGAGAAAUCGCAAGUAAAAGUUAAGUACCCGUUCAAAGUUAAAGAAUUAGAUGAAACAGAGUUGAUACUUAGAAAAAUGGCUCACUCACACGUCGAACCACCACCAGCAAAUAGCAUCUUGAGUAAGACAACAUGGACUCCCUAUAUCCAGUUGACAAAACCUCGACUUACUAUUCUCGUUAUGCUGAGUGCAAUAUGUUCGUAUGCUUUAUCUCCUAAUGCUGCAUCGAUGCUUCAGCUUCUGAGCCUAACUGCAGGGACUACCUUAUGUUCUGGUGCAGCGAAUGCCAUUAAUAUGGGAAGGGAGCCAGAAUUUGAUAGGCAGAUGACUAGAACUCAAAAAAGGCCCGUGGUUACAGGAGCAGUGACGCCAUUACAGGCUUAUGAAUUUGCCGCAGCCAUAGGUACGCUGGGUGUCUAUAGUUUAUAUUUUGGCGUCAAUCCUACUGUAGCAACAUUGGGUGCGUUGAAUAUUGUCUUAUAUUCAUGGAUUUACACCUCUUUGAAAAGAAAGCACAUUAUAAAUACGUGGGUUGGUGGCUUGGUUGGUGCAAUCCCCCCAUUGAUGGGUUGGGCGGCUGCAAGUUCUUUAGCAGAUCCUGGCGCCUGGUGUCUUGCUGCAUUGUUAUACGCUUGGCAAUUUCCCCAUUUCAAUACCUUAAGUCAUAACAUUAGAAAUGAGUACAAAAACGCUGGCUAUGUGAUGACAGCUUGGAAAAACCCAAAACUAAAUGCUAGAGUAACUUUAAGGUACUCACUUUUGAUGUUCCCAUUAUGUAUAGGACUUUCUUAUUUUAAUGUUACGGAUUGGUUUUAUGUGGUAGAUUCCAGUAUUGCUAAUGCUUGGUUAACUUUUUGGGCCUUUAAAUUCUACUGGCAACAGCAUAAAAACUACUCCAAAAAUGUUCACACGGAUAAGGUUAAGUUUAAUAAUGGACUCCAGUUGUCUAGAAUAUUUGCCAGAAAAACUACAAUGGCAAGUAUUGUGCACUUACCAGCAGUCUUAUUAUUGGCUAUAUUUCAUAAGAAAGACCGUUGGAAGUGGCUCUUUGAAGAUGGAAAAUUUAGUUGA